AUGAAGGAUAGAGAGGUGCGGUUGAAAAGUAAAAUUGAAGUAAGCGAAGCAAAGGGCAAAGGGCAAAAGGCAAUCAAUGGCAAGCAGAUACAAGGUAUCAGAUGCGGAGUUUCAGCUACAAAAGAAGUAGCAAGAGAAAAUGAAAAUAAAACAGAAAAAUACAACGGAACCAGCCAUAUAGACAGAUCACAAUUUAGCAAGAUACCUCAGUCAAAUGGAAACGUGAUGCCCAUAGAGUGA